CAAGGCACAGCUUGUCAGCAGCAACACUAGCAGUUGUUUGAGCUCUAUCAGCGUCGUUUGGAGCGCGCGUUUCGCGUCAGUUCAUUUUCUCCUAGUUUCUUUUUACGAAACGGUUCCCACCGCAAAUCAGCAUCCACUUUGUUGAGGAGAUUCGUAAUAAAUUCGCAUCGAAUCAGUGGAGCCUAGGGGUUUCGUGAAUCUCUCUUCAUAAACAGUAAUUUCUGCGGGUUCUCGUCGGUCCAGCACGGCGAGCGGCGGUGGGUCCAUGGGAGACGAGCACCACCAUGAUGCGUCCUCGCUCACCGCGCGUGGCGGUGAAGGCGGAGUUGCGAAGGAGAGCUUCGCGCUCACGGUGAAGAACAAUUUCGAGAGUCUCCAUCAGCGAGGGUUUGCCCCCAACGACGCUGCAGCCCUUGCCCUGAAGAUCGCCAUGGGGAAAGCGGAGCUCCUGGCAGCAAUUUCUAAGGCACGUGCCAGCAGGGCAGCCAAGGCCAGCAGGGCGGCCCAGGACAGCAGCCACGUGGCAGAGCUUAUCCCCAAGGUGCUGUCGUCAGCAGAUGCCGUCAGCCUGGUGUUCCUGGCCAUGCCCGAGGGGCUCUCCAAGGGCAACCUGCUGGGAAUUGACUCUGCAACUGUGAAGCUGUUCUACGACGGAGUGGCAAAUCUGGGCGACGAGGUGGGAGCAGCAGUGGUGCGAGCAAGCGACCGGCUGCUCUCAGAGCUCUCCCAGGCCAUGCCCUCCGUCCCCUCCUCCACUCUCGCCCACCACCUUCCCACUCCGCCCCGGCCCUCCCCCCCCCCUGCCCUCGUCACCCUCCCUGCUCCUGCCACCGCCGCUGCAACCUCCACGGCUGCUGCUGGUGCCGUAGAGAGGGGCGGUGGUGCUGCCAGUGCUGGCGGAAGGGAUGAUGCGACUGCCACUGCCCCAGGAACCGGCACCAGCACUGGUCCAACACCAGCAGCCACAGAUUCAACAGGCCCGGAUACAGCUGCGCCUGCUACAGCUGCUACCCCAGCAACAGGGGCAAGAGACACUGCAUCCACUGCCAUGGACGUUGACUCCCCACCCGCUCAUGCCCCGUCGUCACUUGCUGCGCCGCCAACUGGAACCCCGGCCACUGAAACUCCGGCCGCCGCGUCAAGUGCAAUGGACAUCGCUACAGCUGCUACAGCUGCUGUGACAGCUGGGUCGGGGAGUGUGAAGCGGAAGGUGGACUCGCUGGCUGCGGCUGCAACAGGCAGGGGGCACCACGACGACACAGAGCCGUCGCCAGCUGUCAUGCGCUCGCUACUAUUCCUCCUCGACAGCCCCUUCCUCAUGGACCCAGAGCACCACCCCUUGUACCGCCGCCUCUGCAAGCUGCUGCUGGACCUGCCACCGCUGGCUCGCCAGCAGCUCGUCUCCACCCUCGCCAGCUAUGAGCGCGAGCAUCUGCAGCAGCUGGUGGAGACGGCGCAGCACGUGAUCACCAUUCAGCUCUACGAGUCCCAACGAUUGGUCGAGACAGUGCGGCUCGCCACACGCGUGCUCGGGAUAUUCUUCGCGGCGAACCAGAGGGGCCACCAGCUGCCGCACUCAGCGUUCUACAACGACGCCAUCAACAGCGACGAGUUCGUCGACCUUGAGCAGGACUACACCAAGUGGAAGCACCGGGACAGGUACCUUGACCCCUUCACCUUGUGUGAGCACCCCUACAUAUUGGAAGCGGCCAGCAAGGCGGCGGUGCUGCAGGUGGAGUCGCGGAUCGAGAUGUCCCACCGCUUCCACGACGCGCUGCUGGGCAUGGCGCUGCGGGGCCUCACGGGCGCGCACAUGUCCAACCCCUUCUGCGUGCUCAUCGUGCGACGCGACCACAUCGUGGAGGAUGCCAUUCUGCAGGUGCAACAGCAUGCAGGAGACUUGAAGAAGCCACUCAAGGUCAAGUUCGUGGGCGAGGAGGGGGUGGACGAGGGGGGCGUGCAGAAGGAGUUCUUCCAGCUGAUCAUCCGAGACAUCCUCGAUGCCAAGUUUGGCAUGUUCACAUACAACGAGGUGACCCGCUCGUUCUGGUUCAGCGCGUCGCCCAUCGACAUGCCGCUGGAGUUUGAGCUGAUCGGCACUGUGCUGGGGCUCGCCAUCUACAACGCCCACAUCCUCGAUAUGAGGUUCCCCCUUGUCGUCUACAAGAAGCUCCUGGGGAAGAAGACCGGGCUGGAGGAUCUCGCAGGGGUGGACCCAGACCUGCAUCGAGGCCUCAAGGGGCUCCUUGCCUUCCAGGGAAAUGUAGAGGAGGUGUACUCGUGGAGCUUUGAGGCGUCGUACACAGAUGUGUUCGGCUCACCCGCCACAGUGCCUUUGAAGGAAGGCGGCGAGAACCUUCCUGUGACAAACAGCAACCGGGAGGAGUUUGUCGACCUGCUGGUGGAUUUCCAUCUCAACAAGCUAGUGGAGCGCCAGUUUGGCCCGUUCUCUCACGGCUUCCUGCGGCUGUGCGGCGGCGCGGUGCUGCGCAUGUUCCAAGCGGACGAGCUGGAGCUUAUGGUCUGCGGCAGCCCCGUGUUUGACUUCGAGGAGCUGGAGAGGAAUGCGCGGUACGAGGAUGGAUACUCCAAGGAAUCUCCAGUCAUCAAGAAUUUCUGGAAGGUGGUGCACGGCCUGCAGGACGCGGAGAAGAGAAGCCUGCUGGCGUUCGUGACGGGGUGCGACCGAGCGCCCAUCAAGGGGCUUGCCUCGCUGCCCUUUGUCAUCUCCAGAGCCGGCCCUGACUCGGACCGACUACCCACUGCUCACACGUGCUUCAACCACCUGCUGCUGCCCGAAUACUCCAACUUUGACAAGCUGCACUCACGGCUUCUGACUGCCAUCAACAACUCACAGGGGUUCGGUCUUAUGUGAGGAAGGAGCCAGCGCCCAUAGGCCCCCAGGCUCUGCACCUGUGGCCCUUCCCCGAGGAUCUUCUCAAGGGUAACCCCAGCGGCUCACUCGACACACCCCCUCGCUGGGAAAGGUGGAAGACACGAGCGCCUCUGCAGUGCUUGCACUGGGAAUUGAACCCGAGUCACCAACGCUCUGAUACCAUGUUAGAAACUCAGCCACUAACCACUGAGGUAAAAGAUAUUGUUAAUAGCGGGUCAGUGCGCCCAUAGCUCCCCAGGCUCUGAACCUGUGGCCCUUCCCCGAGGAUCUUCUCAAGGAUAACCCCAGCGGGUCACUCGACAGUCAAAACGUGAAGUGAGAGCAGCCUGCUGGUUGAUAGCACCGUAAAGAAGCAUGCGAGGAAGCAGAGAUAGGAAGUGUCAUAUGAAUACUUGGGCAUGUACAGUCUUUUGAUUCAUCUUACCCUCGGAGCCUAAGAUUUCGGAUGAGAUUGCAUACCGCACUUCGACCAUAA